UUUUAUUUUUAUUUUUGUUUUUUUUUUUAUAUGUAUCCUCUCGACCGGUCUACCCCUUUGUUAAGACAAAAAUAAUUUUCCCUUUUCAAUUUCCCUCUCUUUUCGCUUCCUUUGGAGGGAAAAAACCUCCGAAAAAACGAAACCUCGAAACCAAUUUCUCUGUUUAAACCUAGGGUUGUAGCUUGUUAUUGGAUCUGUUUCUGUCAUUUAAUUCAUGAGCUGAAGUUACUGUGACUUCAACAUCUGAUCUGUUCAUGCUUGAUUUUCUUCCAGGACACUCUGGGCAGGACUGUAUCUGCAAUUUUUGAAUUGUUUCCCGAAGGAAAGCUAGUGGGAAUAGCCUUCUUGAGUUUGUAACUGUCAUCCUUUGGAAAUGCGAACCAAGAAAAAAAUUUCUGGAAGAACUACUUCAAGAGAACUUGGCAGUCCCAGGAUUUCCAGAACUCAGAUGAAAGCUUCUGAUAAUGUACAAGCUAAUCAGAAAAAAGUUACAGAGCUCAUUACAUCUUCAGUUAGAAAGCAAAAAUGUGUUGGCAGUCUUCAAAAGAAAAAUGGGGAGCCUGUUGCAGGUACAGAAUUGAAUACUAUGCACAGCUCAGUGCAUAAUGAGACAUCUAAUGCUGCUUCUUUGUGUGAUCAUGAGGGUUGUAAUGAGGAACUAUGCAUAUUUUCCCCUGCUUUUCGCAUUUCUAAAAUUGCUGGAGGUGAAAUUGCCAAUGGAGUCAACUUCAUCAAAUUGUUUCGAAGUGGGGAACAGAAAUUACACCAGGAGAGUAGAACAUGCUGCUCAGAAGUUGAUAUGCAGGAUGGCCACGUUGCUCGAGACACUUUAGAAUCUACAUCUGGAGAAGAUGAGAAGGAGACAUGCCAUAAGUACAUAGGAGAUGAUCCAAACACAUCAUCCUCAAUGUUUUCUAUAGAUACAAAUACUGUGAAUUAUCCUUCUAAUGGAAAUUCAGAAGAAGCUGGCCUUUCAUCUGAAGUUUCAGCUAUAUAUCUUGCCAUGAAGAAUUCAAAAUUGGAAUGUGUUGAUGAGUAUGAUCAAGAUUGCAUGUCAACUAAGGAGGAUGAUGACUAUGGGGAAUUUGAUGACUUUGAUCCUUAUGUAUUUAUAAAGAACUUGCCUGAGUUGUCAUCAGUAGUUCCCACAUUUCGGCCAAUGCUGCUACCUAAACAGACGCGGAGCUGCCCUCCUGUUACUCUUGUUUUAGACUUGGAUGAGACUUUGGUGCAUUCCACACUAGAACCUUGUGACAAUGCAGACUUCACAUUUCCUGUGAACUUUAACCUCCAGGAGCAUUCAGUCUAUGUUCGAUGCCGUCCUUACCUCAAAGAUUUUUUGGAGAGAGUUUCCACUCUUUUUGAAAUCAUCAUAUUUACAGCUAGUCAAAGUAUUUAUGCAGAGCAGCUACUAAAUGUGCUUGAUCCAAAGAGGAAGAUAUUCCGCCAUCGUGUUUACCGUGAAUCUUGUGUUUUUGUGGAGGGGAACUACCUCAAAGAUUUGUCAGUUCUUGGCCGAGAUUUGGCACGUGUUAUUAUAAUCGAUAACUCUCCUCAGGCAUUUGGGUUCCAGGUGGACAAUGGUAUACCAAUUGAGAGCUGGUUUGAUGAUCGUUCAGAUCAAGAAUUGCUUUUACUGCUUCCAUUUUUGGAGAGCUUAGUUGGGGUUGAAGAUGUUAGGCCAAUAAUUGCUCAGAAAUACAAUCUGCGGUACAAAAUUGCUGCAGCUGUGUAUACUCCUUUUUAUUCAAAUAGAGGAGAUCCCUUGGAAAGGUUGUAGCACAGAGAGUUAAAGAAGCAGAGAUCACCGAGCAGGACUCACUUCUUCUGGUAUCGACCGCUGAACUAUGCCGUUUCUGCAUUAGAGAGCUCCUGACUCUAUUUUCCGUUGUGUGAUGUUUGAAUCGACGAGGAACCUGCUCCGAAUUGCCUUAUUCAAUAUUAAUUACAUCAGAGGCAUGUUUCCAGAGAAGUAUUUCAAUGAUAAGUCUGUUCCCGCUUUAGAAAUGAAGAUCAAGAAGUUGACGCCUAUGGAUGCAGAGUCUCGUAGACUGAUUGACUGGAUGGAGAAAGGCAUAUCGUCUCUAGAUUAAUAUUAUUUGCUAGCUUCUGUCAGAUUAUUCGUUUUUUUGGUCUUCUUUCUUUCUUUCUUUUCUUUUUUUUUCCCCCUCUUUAACUAAUGGACAGUACAAUAGGUUACUAUCCUUUUUGUGGGUGUCUACGAUGCAUUACAGAAAAAGUACUUGAAGAGGCUUUUGUUCUCUAUAUGUGAGGCAAUAGAUGGCCCCAUGAUCGUGGAAUAUGCGUGUAAGUAAGAUUUCUGAUUGAUGAAACUGUAUAUAUGGCAAGUUGUGAACGGAAGGCAUCCCAUUUCCACGCUCUAAACAGUAAGUAUUUACAACUUUGCACUCUGUGUAUGACUCUGAUUCAUCACUGGAAAAAAUUCUACCUGAUAAUUGUUUAUUGGUUUUUCCCCACCCAUAAUAUUUUUUGUUAACCUUUUUAGUUUGGUGAC